ACAGCGUCUGCCUGUCCUUUCGUCCCCGUCCAGUCUGAGGACCGGCCGGAGUGCAGGCUGCUGGGUGGGAGCCGUGUCAGUCCUGGGCCACAGGAGGGAGGUGAGACCUGGUGGCCUCUGCCCCACCAUCUGAGCCCCCGGCCUGGGCGUCCGCCUGGAGCCCCCGUAGAGACAGGUACACCGGCUCCCGCCAUCACUAUGGAUCACUCAUUCAGCGGCGCGCCCCGCUUCCUGACCCGGCCCAAGGCCUUCGUAGUGUGCGUAGGCAAGGAUGCCACGCUGAGCUGCCAGAUCGUGGGCAACCCCACGCCACAGGUGAGCUGGGAGAAGGACCGGCAGCCAGUGGAGGCGGGCGCUCGCUUCCGCCUGGCCCAGGACGGUGACCUGUACCGCCUCACCAUCCUGGACCUGGCGCUCGGCGACAGCGGGCAGUACGUGUGCCGCGCACGCAAUGCCAUAGGCGAGGCCUUCGCGGCCGUCGGCCUGCAGGUGGACGCUGACGCCGCGUGCGCCGAGCAGGCGCCCCACUUCCUGCUGCGGCCCACAUCCAUCCGCGUGCACGAGGGCGCCGACGCCACCUUCCGCUGUCGCGUGCGCGGCUCGCCGCCCAUGGCCGUAAGCUGGGCCAAGGAUGGACGGCGCCUGGGCGCACCCGACGCCCCCCGAGUGCGCGUGGAAGCGAGCGGAGAGGCCAGCGCGCUGCGCAUCCAGGCUGCGCGGCCGCACGACGAAGGCACCUACACGGUGCACGCCGAGAACCCGCUGGGCGCCGCCAGCGCUGCCGCCGCGCUCACAGUGGACGCGGAUGCCGACGCGGCCGGCCCUCCGGGGACGUCCACCGCCGCGCUCCUGGCGCACCUGCAGCGGCGGCGUGAGGCCAUGCGCGCCGAGGGCGCCCCAGCCUCACCGCCUGGCUCUGGCACGCGCACCUGCACGGUGACUGAGGGCAAGCACGCGCGCCUCAGCUGCUACGUGACAGGCGAGCCCAAGCCUGAGACCGUGUGGAAGAAGGAUGGGCAGCUGGUGGCUGAGGGCCGGCGCCACUUGGUGUACGAGGACGCGCAGGAGAACUUCGUGCUCAAGAUCCUCUUUUGCAAGCAGUCGGACCGCGGCCUGUACACCUGCACGGCGUCCAACCUCGUGGGCCAAACCUACAGCUCCGUGCUGGUCGUCGUGCGAGAGCCCACCGUGCCCUUCAGGAAGCGGCUGCAGGACCUGGAGGUGCAGGAGAGGGAGUCGGCCACGUUCCAGUGCGAGGUGCCGCUGCCAGCCACGGAGGCCGCGUGGUUCAAAGAGGAGACGCGGCUGCGGGCGAGCGCCAAGUACGGCAUCGAGGAGGAGGGCACGGAGCGCAGGCUGACGGUGCGCAACGUCUCUGCCGACGACGACGCCGUGUACAUCUGCGAGACGGCCGAGGGCAGCCGCACGGUGGCGGAGCUGGCGGUGCGAGGCAACCUCACCCGAAAGCUCCCGCGGAAGACGGUGGUGCGAGUUGGGGACACGGCCAUGUUCUGCGUGGAGCUGGCCAGGCCCGAGGGCCCCGUCCGCUGGCUGCGGAACCAGGAGGAGGUGGUGGCUGGGGGCCGCGUGGCCAUCACUGUGGAAGGCACAUGCCACACGCUGACCAUCUCCCGGUGCAACCUGGACGACAUGGGCGAGGUGGCCUUCGUGGCUGGGGACUGCCGCACAUCCACCCAGUUCUGUGUGUCGGCCCCUAGGAAGCCACCCCUGCACGCCCCUGAGGCCCCGGUGGUGAAGGCCAGGACGGAGAGCUCUGUGACCCUUGGCUGGUCCCCACCACCCCAUGGGGACCGCCCUGUCACCAUUGACGGCUACCUGGUGGAAAAGAAGCGACUCGGGGCCUACACCUGGAGCCGGUGCCACGAGGCCGAGUGGGUGGCCACACCCGAGCUGACGGUGGCCAGCGUGGCUGAGGAGGGGGACUUCCAGUUCCGGGUGUCAGCUGUAAACAGCUUUGGCCAGAGCCCCUACCUCGAGUUCCCGGGGACUGUCCACUUGGCCCCCCAGCUGGCCGUGAGGACGCCUCUGAAGGCAGUGGAGGCAGUGGAGGGCGGCGAGGCGACCUUCUCGGUGGACCUCACCCUGGCCUCGGUGGGUGAGUGGUUCCUGAACGGGCAGCCCCUGAAGGCCAGCAGCGUGUAUGUGAUCCGCAGCGACGGCGCCCGGCACACUCUCACCAUCCGCUCAGUGCCCGCCAGCCUGCACGGCGCUGAGCUCAAGUUUGUGGCCAAUGGCAUCGAGAGCACCAUCCGCAUGGAGGUCCGAGCGGCCCCAGGGCUGACCACCAAGCCUCCAACAACAGCUGCUCGGGAGGUGCUGGCCCGGCUGCAUGAGGAGGCGCAGCUCCUGGCUGAGCUGUCGGACCAGGCCGCAGCCGUGACAUGGCUCAAGGAUGGCCAUGCGCUGCCCCCGGGCCCCAAGUAUGAGGUGCAGGCGUCGGCCGGGCAGUGGGCCCUGCUGGUGAAGGACGUGGCCCGAGACGAUGCCGGGCUGUAUGAGUGCAUCAGCCGCGGGAGCCGCAUCGCGUACCAGCUGUCCGUACAAGGCCUCACGUCCUUUCUGCACAAGGACACAGUGGGCGGCCACGUGGAUGCCGUGGCUGGGGGUCCAGCCUGCUUUGAGUGUGAGACGUCGGAGGCCCACGUGCGCGUGCGCUGGUACAAGGAUGGGGCCGAGCUUGGUGGCUUGGGCCAGCGCUUCUCGCAGGAGGACGUGGGCACGCGGCACCGGCUGGUGGUGGCCUCUGUCACCAGGCAGGACGAGGGCACCUAUUCAUGCCGUGUGGGCGAGGACUCCGUGGACUUCCGGCUGCGUGUCUGUGAGCCCACGAUGGUGUUUGCCAAGGACCAGCCAGCCCGCAGGGAGGUGCAGGCUCAGGCAGGGGCCAGCGCCACACUGAGCUGCGAGGUGGCCCAGGCCCAGACGGAGGUGACGUGGUUCAAGAACGGGAAGAAGCUGAGUGAGAGCUCGAAAGUGCACGUGGAGGCCAAGGGCUGCACCCGGCGGCUGGUGGUGCAGCAGGCGGGGAAGGCAGACGCCGGGGAGUACAGCUGUGAGGCCGGGGGCCAGAAGGUCUCCUUCCGCCUGGAUGUCACAGAGCCCACGGUGGUGUUUGCCAAGGAGCAGCCGACCCACAGGGAGGUGCAGGCCGAAGCGGGGGCCAGCGCCACACUGAGCUGCGAGGUGGCCCAGGCCCAGACGGAGGUGACGUGGUUCAAGGACGGGAAGAAGCUGAGUGCGAGCAAGAAAGUGCACGUGGAGGCCAAGGGCUGCACCCGGCGGCUGGUGGUGCAGGAGGCGGGGAAGGCGGACGCCGGGGAGUACAGCUGUGAGGCCGGGGGCCAGAAGGUCUCCUUCCGCCUGGGCGUCACAGAGCCCACGGUGGUGUUUGCCAAGGAGCAGCCGGCCCACAGGGAGGUGCAGGCCGAGGCGGGGGCCAGCGCCACACUGAGCUGUGAGGUGGCCCAGGCCCAGACGGAGGUGACGUGGUUCAAGGACGGGAAGAAGCUGAGUGCGAGCUCGAAAGUGCACGUGGAGGCCAAGGGCUGCACCCGGCGGCUGGUGGUGCAGGAGGCGGGGAAGGCGGACGCCGGGGAGUACAGCUGUGAGGCCGGGGGCCAGAAGGUCUCCUUCCGCCUGGAUGUCACAGAGCCCACGGUGGUGUUUGCCAAGGAGCAGCCGGCCCACAGGGAUGUGCAGGCUGAGGCGGGGGCCAGCGCCACACUGAGCUGUGAGGUGGCCCAGGCCCAGACAGAGGUGACGUGGUUCAAGGACGGGAAGAAGCUGAGUGCGAGCAAGAAAGUGCACGUGGAGGCCAAGGGCUGCACCCGGCGGCUGGUGGUGCAGCAGGCGGGGAAGGCGGACGCAGGGGAGUACAGCUGCGAGGCCGGGGGCCAGAAGGUCUCCUUCUGCCUGGGUGUCACAGAGCCCACGUUGGUGUUUGCCAAGGAGCAGCUGGCCCUCAAGGAGGUGCAGGCUGAGGCGGGGGCCAGCGCCACACUGAGCUGUGAGGUGGCCCAGGCCCAGACGGAGGUGACGUGGUUCAAGGACGGGAAGAAGCUGAGUGCGAGCAAGAAAGUGCACGUGGAGGCCAAGGGCUGCACCCGGCGGCUGGUGGUGCAGGAGGCGGGGAAGGCGGACGCCGGGGAGUACAGCUGUGAGGCCGGGGGCCAGAAGGUCUCCUUCCGCCUGGGCGUCACAGAGCCCUCGGUGGUGUUUGCCAAGGAGCAGCCGGCCCACAGGGAUGUGCAGGCUGAGGCGGGGACCAGUGCCACUCUGAGCUGCGAGGUGGCCCAGGCCCAGACAGAGGUGACGUGGUUCAAGGACGGGAAGAAGCUGAGUGUGAGCUCGAAAGUGCACGUGGAGGCCAAGGGCUGCACCCGGCGGCUGGUGGUGCAGCAGGCGGGGAAGGCGGAUGCUGGGGAGUACAGCUGUGAGGCCGGGGGCCAGAAGGUCUCCUUCCGCCUGGAUGUCACAGAGCCCACGGUGGUGUUUGCCAAGGAGCAGCCGGCCCACAGGGAGGUCCAGGCCGAGGCGGGGGCCAGUGCCACUCUGAGCUGCGAGGUGGCCCAGGCCCAGACGGAGGUGACAUGGUUCAAGGACGGGAAGAAGCUGAGCGCGAGCAAGAAAAUGCACGUGGAGGCCAAGGGCUGCACCCGGCGGCUGGUGGUGCAGCAGGCAGGGAAGGCGGAUGCUGGGGAGUACAGCUGUGAGGCCAGGGGCCAGAAGGUCUCCUUCCGCCUAGGCGUCACAGAGCCCACGGUGGUGUUUGCCAAGGAGCAGCCGGCCCACAGGGAGGUCCAGGCCGAGGCGGGGGCCAGCGCCACACUGAGCUGCGAGGUGGCCCAGGCCCAGACGGAGGUGACGUGGUUCAAGGACGGGAAGAAGCUGAGUGCGAGCUCGAAAGUGCACGUGGAGGCCAAGGGCUGCACCCGGCGGCUGGUGGUGCAGCAGGCGGGGAAGGCGGACGCCGGGGAGUACAGCUGUGAGGCCGGGGGCCAGAAGGUCUCCUUCCGCCUGGGCGUCACAGAGCCCACAGUGGUGUUUGCCAAGGAGCAGCCAGCCCUCAAGGAGGUGCAGGCCGAGGCGGGGGCCAGCGCCACACUGAGCUGCGAGGUGGCCCAGGCCCAGACGGAGGUGACGUGGUUCAAGGACGGGAAGAAGCUGAGUGCGAGCUCGAAAGUGCACGUGGAGGCCAAGGGCUGCACCCGGCGGCUGGUGGUGCAGCAGGCGGGGAAGGCGGACGCCGGGGAGUACAGCUGUGAGGCCGGGGGCCAGAAGGUCUCCUUCCGCCUGGGCGUCACAGAGCCCACAGUAGUGUUUGCCAAGGAGCAGCCAGCCCACAAGGAGGUGCAGGCUGAGGCGGGGGCCAGCGCCACACUGAGCUGUGAGGUGGCCCAGGCCCAGACAGAGGUGACGUGGUUCAAGGACGGGAAGAAGCUGAGUGCGAGCAAGAAAGUGCACGUGGAGGCCACGGGCUGCACCCGGCGGCUGGUGGUGCAGCAGGCGGGGAAGGCGGACGCCGGGGAGUACAGCUGUGAGGCCGGGGGCCAGAAGGUCUCCUUCUGCCUGGGCGUCACAGAGCCCACGGUGGUGUUUGCCAAGGAGGAGCCGGCCCACAGGGAGGUGCAGGCCGAGGCGGGGGCCAGCGCCACUCUGAGCUGCGAGGUGGCCCAGGCCCAGACGGAGGUGACGUGGUUCAAGGACGGGAAGAAGCUGAGUGCGAGCAAGAAAGUGCACGUGGAGGCCAAGGGCUGCACCCGGCGGCUGGUGGUGCAGGAGGCGGGGAAGGCGGACGCCGGGGAGUACAGCUGUGAGGCCGGGGGCCAGAAGGUCUCCUUCCGCCUGGGCGUCACAGAGCCCACAGUGGUGUUUGCCAAGGAGCAGCUGGUGCAUAGCCAAGUGCAGGCUAAGGCGGGGGCCAGCGCCACUCUGAGCUGCGAGGUGGCCCAGGCCCAGACAGAGGUGACGUGGUUCAAGGACGGGAAGAAGCUGAGUGCGAGCAAGAAAGUGCACGUGGAGGCCAAGGGCUGCACCCGGCGGCUGGUGGUGCAGGAGGCGGGGAAGGCGGACGCUGGGGAGUACAGCUGUGAGGCCGGGGGCCAGAAGGUCUCCUUCCGCCUGGAUGUCACAGAGCUGGAGCCUGAGCCACCAGCCCUGGAGAGACCCGGCCGCAGGGAGCCUCUGGUGGUCAGGGAACACGAGGACAUCGUCCUGACGGCCACGCUGGCCACACCCUCUGUGGCCGCGGUGACGUGGCUCAAGGAUGGCGUGGAGAUUCGCCGCAGCAAGCGGCACGAGAUGGCCAGCCUGGGGGACACCCACACCCUGACCGUGCGCGGUGCGCAGACCAUGGACAGCGCCGUCUACAGCUGCCGCGUGGGCGCGGAGGCGCAGGACUUCCCAGUGCAGGUGGAAGAGGUGGCCACCAAGUUCUGCCGGCCCCUGGAGCCCGUGCGCGGGGAUCUGGGCGGCACGGUGACGCUGGCCUGCGAGCUGAGCCCGGCGCAGGCCGAGGUGGUGUGGCGGUGCGGGAGCACGGAGCUCCGGGCCGGCAAGCGCUUCCAGAUGGCGGCCGCGGGGUCCCGGCGCUCGCUCACGGUGUCGGGCCUGCGGGCGGAGGACGCUGGAGAGUACGUGUGCGAGAGCCGCGACGACCGCACCAGCGCGCGGCUCACCGUCAGCGUGCCCCGCGAGGUCAAGUUCACGUCCGGGUUGAGCGCCGUGGUUGCGGAGGAGGGCCGCGAGGCCACCUUCCAGUGCGUGGUGACCCCCGCGGACGCGGCGGUCACGUGGUUCCGGGACGGCACGCAACUGCAGCCUAGUGAGAAGGUUGUCAUAUCACAGAGCGGCGGCAGCCACAGCCUGACCAUCUCGGGCCUGGUCCUGCAGGAUGCCGGCCAGAUCACCGCCGAGGCUGAGGGCGUCACGUCCGCCGCUGCCCUCCGAGUCCGAGAGGCUCCAGUGCUGUUCAGGAAGAAGCUGGAGCCGCAGACGGUGGAGGAGCGGAGCUCGGUGACCAUGGGGGUGGAGCUGACGCGGCCGUGGCCUGACGUCAAGUGGACACGCAAUGCCGCGGUCCUGGCGCCGGGCGAGAACCUGGCGAUCCACGCCCAGGGCGAGAGUCACCGCUUGGUCAUCCAUAGUGUGGGCUUCGCUGACCGCGGCUUCUAUGGCUGUGAGACACCGGAUGACAAGACGCAAGCCAAGCUCACGGUGGAAAUGCGCCAGGUCCGGCUUGUGCGGGGCCUGCAGGAGGUGGAGGCACGGGAGCAGGGCACGGCCACCAUGGACGUGGAGCUGUCGCACACCGACGUGGAAGGCAGCUGGACGCGCGACGGCCUGCGGCUGCAGCCGGGGCCCACGUGCCAAAUGGCAGUGCGCGGCCCUACCCACACCCUCACGCUCUCGGGGCUGCGGCCGCAGGACAGCGGCCUCGUCGCCUUCAAAGCAGAGGGCGUGCAUACAUCCGCGCGGCUCACGGUUAUGGAGCUGCCGGUCAGAUUCACGCGCCCGCUCCAGGACGUGGUGGCCACAGAGAAGGACAAGGUGACCCUGGAGUGUGAGCUGUCUCGCCCCAACGUGGACGUGCGCUGGCUGAAGGACGGCGUGGAGCUACGGGUGGGCAAGACGGUGGGCGUGAUGGCCCAGGGUGCCUGUAGGAGCCUCAUCAUUUACCGGUGUGAGCUUGGAGACCAGGGCGUGUAUGUGUGUGAUGCCCACGACGCCCAGAGCUCGGCCUCCUUGAAGGUGCAAGGCCGCAACGUCCAGAUUGUGAGGCCCCUGGAGGACGUGGAGGUGAUGGAGAAGGAGGGCGCCAGCUUCUCCUGCGAGGUCUCCCACGACGAGGUGCCCGCCCAGUGGUUCCGGGAGGGCAGUAAGCUUCGUCCCAGUGACAAUGUGCGCAUCCGCCAAGAAGGAAGGACAUACAUUCUUGUCUACCGGAGGGUACUGGCCGAAGACGCAGGGGAAAUCAAAUUUGUGGCGGAAAAUGCAGAAUCGCGAGCUCAGCUCAGAGUGAAAGAGCUGCCAGUGGCCAUCCUGCGCCCGCUGCGGGACAAGAUCGCCAUGGAGAAGCACCGCGGCGUGCUCGAGUGCCAGGUGUCUCGGGCCAGCGCCCAGGUGCAGUGGUUCAAGGGCAGCGCAGAAUUGUGUCCUGGGCCCAAGUACGAGAUGGUCAGCGAUGGGCUCUACCGCAAGCUCGUCAUCAACGACGUGCAGCCUGAGGACGAGGACACCUACACCUGCGAGGCUGGCGACGUGAAGACCAGCGCACAGUUCUUUGUGGAAGAGCAAUCCAUCACCAUCGUGCGGGACCUGCAGGACAUGACGGUGAUGGAGCCCGCCCCUGCCUGGUUCGAGUGUGAGAUUUCCAUCCCCUCGGUGCGGCCGCCCAAGUGGCUCCUGGGGAAGACGGUGCUGCAGGCAGGCGCGGACGUGGGCGUGGAGCAGGAGGGCACUGUGCACCGGCUGACCCUGCGGCGCACCUGCUCCACGAUGACCGGGCCGGUGCACUUCACCAUCGGCAAGUCGCGCUCCACCGCGCGCCUUGUGGUAUCAGACAUCCCUGUGGUGCUCACGCGGCCGCUGGAGCCCAAAGCGGGACGCGAGCUGCAGUCAGUGGUCCUCUCCUGCGACUUCAAGCCGCCCCCCAAGGCCGUGCAGUGGUACAGAGGGGACACGCCCCUGGCGCCGUCCCACAAGUUCAAGAUGAGGCUGGAGGGGCACAUGGCGGAGCUGCGUGUCCUGCGGCUCACGCCCGCCGACGCCGGCGUGUACCGGUGCCAGGCCGGCAGCGCCCAGAGCAGCGCCGAGGUCACCGUGGAGGCGCGCGAGGUGACAGUGACGCAGCCGCUGCAGGACGCGGAGGUCACGGAGGAGGACCGCGCCUGCUUCUCCUGCGAGCUGUCCCACGAGGACGAGGAGCUGGAGUGGUCGCUCAAUGGGACGCCCCUAUACAACGACAGCUUCCACGAGAUCACUCACGAAGGCCACCGCCACACGCUGGUGCUGAAGCGGGUCCGGCGGGGGGACGCGGGCAUCGUGCGCGCCUCUUCCCCCAAGGUGACGGCCACUGCCCGCCUAGAGGUCAAAGCGAAGCCGGUGGUGUUCCUGAAAGCGCUGGACGAUGUGUCUGCGGAGGAGCGAGGCACGCUGACCCUGCAGUGCGAGGUCGCCGACCCCCAGGCCCGCGUGGUGUGGCUCAAGGAUGGCGUGGAGCUGGGCCCCAGCGACAAAUACGACUUCCUGCACACGGCGGGCACACGCGGGCUCGUAGUGCACGAUCUGAGCCGGGACGACGCGGGCCUGUACACUUGCAACGUGGGCACCGACGAGACCCGCGCGCGCGUCAGCGUGCACGACCUGCACGUGGGCAUCACCAAGAGGCUGAAGACGGUGGAAGUGCAGGAGGGUGAGAGCUGCAGCUUCGAGUGUGUCCUGUCCCACGAGAAUACCAGUGAUACGGCUGUGUGGACCGUCGGUGGGAAGACCGUGGGCAGCUCCGGCCGCUUCCAGGCCACACGCCAGGGCCGCAAGUACACCCUGGCUGUGCGAGAUGCCGUGCUGAGUGACACCGGGGAGGUGGUCUUCUCUGUGCAGUGCCUCACCUCCAAGGCCUCACUCAUCGUCAGAGAGAGGCCGGCAGACAUCGUGAAGCCCUUGGAAGACCAGCGGGCUGCACCAGGUGAGGAUGUGGUGCUGAGCUGCGAGCUGUCGCAGGCUGGCACCCCGGUGCGCUGGCUGAAGGACGGGAAGGCCAUUCGCAAGAGUCAGAAGUAUGAGCUGCUCGUUGAAGGCACAAGGGCCAUGCUGGUUGUGCAUGCGGCCUCGCUCAAGGACUCGGGCGAGUACAUGUGCGAGACUGAAGCUUCCAAGAGCACAGCCAGCCUCCGCGUGGAAGAAGCAGCGAACCGGUUCACAGAGGAGCUGGCUGACCUGCAGCUGGAGGAGAAGGGCACGGCUGUGUUCAUGUGUAGGACGGAGCGGCCCGCGGCUGCGGUGACCUGGCGCAAAGGCCUCACAGAGCUUCGCCCCUCGGGGAAGCACACGCCCAGCCAGGAGGGCCUGACCUUGAGGCUCACCAUCAGCGCCCUGGAGAAGGCAGACAGUGACACCUACACCUGUGACAUUGGCCAGGCCCGGUCCCAGGCCCGGCUCCAGGUGCAAGGCCAGCGGGUGCUCAUCACGGAGGACCUGGAGGACGUGGAGGUGCGGGAGGGCUCCUCAGCCACCUUCUGCUGCCGGAUCUCCCCUGCUGACUAUGGGCCUGUCCACUGGUUCCUGGACAAGACCCCUCUCCAGGCCAAUGAGCUCAACGACAUCGAGGCCCAGCCAGGAGGCUACCACGUGCUGACCCUGCGGCAGCUCACGCUCAAGGACUCGGGCACCGUCCACUUCGAGGCGGGUGACCAGCGGGCCUCAGCUGCCCUGCGGAUCACAGAGAAGCCAAGUGCCUUCUCCCAGGAGCUCGUGGAUGCCUCGGUCACAGAGGGGGAGGAUCUGACCCUCGUCUGUGAGACCGUCACUCCAGACAGCCCUGUGUGCUGGACCAAGGAUGGAAAGGUGCUGCGGUCGUCAGCCCGCUGCCGGUUGACCUACGAGGGCCGCCAGGCCCAGCUGGUCAUCACUGGCGCCACCCUGCAGGAUGGCGGGCGCUAUAAGUGUGAGGCCGGGGGUGCCUGGAGCAGCUCCAUCGUCAGGGUCCAUGCUCGGCCGGUGCGGUUUCGGGAGGGGCUGAAGGACGUGGAGGUGCUGGAGGGCGGCGCUGUGACACUGCGUUGCACACUGUCGUCCGUGGCUGCGCCCGUGGAGUGGUGCCGUGGAGAUGAGGUUCUGCGGUCAGGAGGCAAGUUCACUCUGCGGCAGGAGGGCACCAUGCUGGAGCUGGUGGUCCGGGACCUGAGGCCCCAGGACAGCGGGCAGUACUCCUGCUGCUUCGGGGACCAGACAACCACGGCCGUGCUCACUGUGAAGGCUCUGCCUGCUGAGUUCAUAGGAAGACUGAGAAGCAAGGAGGCUGUGGAAGGGGCCACAGCCACACUGCGCUGUGAGCUGAGCAAGGCGGCCCCCGUGGAGUGGAGGAAGGGCUCUGAGACCCUCAGAGCCGGGGACAGAGUCAGCCUGAGGCAGGACGGGGCUGUGUGUGAGCUGGAGAUCCGUGCCCUGGCCGUGGCGGACGCCGGGGAGUACUCAUGUGUAUGUGGGCAGGAGAGGACCUCGGCCACGCUGACCGUCAGGGCUCUGCCCGCUGAGUUCAUAGGAAGACUGAGAAGCAAGGAGGCCCCAGAAGGGACCACGGCCACACUGAGCUGUGAGCUGAGCAAGGCAGCCCCCGUGGAGUGGAGGAAGGGCUCUGAGACCCUCAGAACCAGAGACAGAAUCAGCCUGAGGCAGGACGGGGCUGUGUGUGAGCUAGAGAUCCGUGGCCUGACCGUGGCAGAUGCCGGGGAGUACUUCUGUGUGUGCGGGCAGGAGAGGACCUCAGCCACACUGACCGUCAGGGCCCUGCCUGCCAAGUUCACCAAGGGUCUGAGAAAGGAAGAGGCCACAGAGGGGGCCACGGCCACACUGCGCUGUGAGCUGAGCAAGGCGGCCCCCGUGGAGUGGAGAAAGGGCUCUGACACCCUCAGAGCUGGGGACAGAGUCACCCUGAGACAGGACGGGGCCAUGUGUGAGCUGGAGAUCCAUGGCCUGGCCAUGGCAGAUGCCGGGGAGUACUCAUGUGUGUGCGGACAGGAGAGGACCUCGGCCACGCUGACCGUCAGGGCCCUGCCUGCCAAGUUCACCAAGGGUCUGAGGAAGGAAGAGGCCACAGAGGGGGCCACGGCCACACUGCGCUGUGAGCUGAGCAAGGCGGUCCCCGUGGAGUGGAGGAAGGGCUCUGAAACCCUCAGAGCUGGGGACAGAGUCAGCCUGAGACAAGACGGGGCCGUAUGUGAGCUGGAGAUCCGUGGCCUGGCCCUGACAGACGCCGGGGAGUACUCGUGUGUGUGCGGGCAGGAGAGGACCUCGGCCACGCUGACCGUCAGGGCCCUGCCUGCCAAGUUCACCAAGGGUCUGAGGAAGGAAGAGGCCACAGAGGGGGCCACAGCCACACUGCGCUGUGAGCUGAGCAAGGCGGCCCCCGUGGAGUGGAGGAAGGGCUCUGAGACCCUCAGAGCUGGGGACAGAGUCAGCCUGAGGCAGGACGGGGCCGUGUGUGAGCUGGAGAUCCGUGGCCUGGCUGUGGCAGAUGCUGGGGAGUACUCGUGUGUGUGCGGGAAGGAGAGGACGUCGGCCACGCUGACCGUCAGGGCCCUGCCUGCCAAGUUCACCAAGGGUCUGAGGAAUGAGGAGGCCACAGAGGAGGCCACGGCUACACUGCGCUGUGAGCUGAGCAAGGCGGCCCCUGUGGAGUGGAGGAAGGGCUCUGAGACCCUCAGAACCGGUGACAGAGUCAGCCUGAGGCAGGACGGGGUCUUGUGUGAGCUGGAGAUCCGUGGCCUAGCCGUGGUGGACGCCGGGGAGUACUCAUGCGUGUGUGGGCAGGAGAGGACCUCGGCCACACUGACCGUCAGGGCCCUGCCUGCCAAGUUCACCAAGGGUCUGAGGAAGGAAGAGGCCAUAGAGGGGGCCAUGGCCACACUGCGCUGUGAGCUAAGCAAAGCGGCCCCCGUAGAGUGGAGGAAGGGGCUCGAGACCCUCAGAGCUGGGGACAGAGUCAGCCUGAGACAGGACGGGGCUGUGUGUGAGCUGGAGAUCCGUGGCCUGGCCUUGGCGGACACCGGGGAGUACUCGUGCGUGUGCGGGCAGGAGAGGACCUCGGCCACGCUGACCGUCAGGGCCCUGCCCGCCAAGUUCACCAAGGGUCUGAGGAAGGAGGAAGCCAUGGAAGGGGCCACAGCCACACUGCGCUGUGAGCUGAGCAAGGCGGCCCCCGUGGAGUGGAGGAAGGGCUCUGAGAUCCUCAGAACUGGGGACAGAGUCAGCCUGAGGCAGGACGGGGCCGUGUGUGAGCUGGAGAUCCAUGGCCUGGCCAUGGUGGAUGCUGGGGAGUACUCAUGCGUGUGCGGGCAGGAGAGGACCUCGGCCACACUCAUUGUCAGGGCCCUGCCUGCUAAGUUCAUCCAAGAUCUGAAGACUAAAGAGGCCACAGAGGGGUCCACGGCCAUUCUGCGCUGUGAGCUGAGCAAGGUGGCCCCCGUGGAGUGGAGGAAGGGGCCCGAGACCCUGAAAGCGGGGGACAGAGUCAUCCUGAAGCAAGAUGGGGCCGUGUGUGAGCUGGAAAUCCAUGGCCUGGCUGUGGCAGACGCCGGGGACUACUCGUGCAUAUGCGGGCAGGAGAGGACCUCGGCUACGCUGACCGUCAGGGCCCUGCCUGCCAAGUUCACCAAGGGUCUGAGGAAGGAAGAGGCCACAGAGGGGACUACAGCCACACUGCGCUGUGAGCUGAGCAAGGCGGCCCACGUGGAGUGGAAGAAGGGGCCCGAGACCCUCAGAGCUGGAGACAGAGUCACCCUGAGACAGGAUGGGGCCGCGUGUGAACUGGAGAUCCGUGGCCUGGCCUUGGCGGACACCGGGGAGUACUCAUGUGUGUGCGGGCAGGAGAGGACCUCGGCCAUGCUGACCGUCAGGGCCCUGCCUGCCAAGUUCACCAAGGGUCUGAGGAAGGAAGAGGCCACAGAGGGGGCCACGGCCACACUGCGCUGUGAGCUGAGCAAGGCGGCCCCCGUGGAGUGGAGGAAGGGGCCAGAGACCCUCAGAGCCGGGGACAGAGUCAGCCUGAGGCAGGACGGGGCCAUGUGUGAGCUGGAGAUCCGUGGCCUGGCCUUGGCAGACGCCGGGGAGUACUCGUGCGUGUGCGGGCAGGAGAGGACCUCCGCCACGCUGACCGUCAGGGCCCUGCCUGCCAAGUUCACCAAGGGUCUGAGGAAGGAAGAGGCCACAGAGGGGGCCACAGCCACACUGCGCUGUGAGCUGAGCAAGGCGGCCCCCGUGGAGUGGAGGAAGGGCUCUGAGACCCUCAGAGCCGGGGACAGAGUCAGCCUGAGGCAGGACGGGGCCGUGUGUGAGCUGGAGAUCCGUGGCCUGGCUGUGGCAGAUGCUGGGGAGUACUCGUGCGUGUGCGGCAAGGAGAGGACGUCAGCCACGCUGACCGUCAGGGCCCUGCCCGCCAAGUUCACCAAGGGUCUGAGGAAUGAGGAGGCCAUGGAAGGGACCACAGGGGCACUGCGCUGUGAGCUGAGCAAGGCGGCCCCCGUGGAGUGGAAGAAGGGCUCUGAGACCCUCAGUGCUGGAGACAGAGUCAGCCUGAGGCAGGACGGGGCCAUGUGUGAGCUGGAGAUCCGUGGCCUGGCCGUGGCGGAUGCUGGAGAGUACUCGUGCGUGUGCGGGCAGGAGAGGACGUCGGCCACGCUGACCGUCAGGGCCCUGCCCGCCAAGUUCACCAAGGGUCUGAGGAAGGAGGAGGCCAUGGAAGGGGCCACGGCCACACUGCGCUGUGAGCUGAGCAAGGCGGCCCCCGUGGAGUGGAGGAAGGGGCCCGAGACCCUCAGAGCCGGGGACAGAAUCAGCCUGAGGCAGGACGGGGCCGUGUGUGAGCUGGAGAUCUGUGGCCUGGCCGUGGUGGACGCCGGGGAGUACUCAUGCGUGUGCGGGCAGGAGAGGACCUCGGCCACGCUGACCGUCAGGGCCCUGCCCGCCAAGUUCACCAAGGGUCUGAGGAAGGAAGAGGCCACAGAGGGCACCACGGCCACACUGCGCUGUGAGCUGAGCAAGGCGGCCCCCGUGGAUUGGAGGAAGGGCUCUGAGACCAUCAGAACCGGUGACAGAGUCGCCUUGAAGCAAGACGGGGUUGUAUGUGAGCUGGAGAUCCGUGGCCUGGCCGUGGCGGAUGCUGGAGAGUACUCGUGCGUGUGCGGGCAGGAGAGGACGUCGGCCACGCUGACCGUCAGGGCCCUGCCCGCCAAGUUCACCAAGCGUCUGAGGAAGGAAGAGGCCACAGAGGGCACCACGGCCACACUGCGCUGUGAGCUGAGCAAGGCGGUCCCCGUGGAGUGGAGGAAGGGGCCCGAGACCCUCAGAGCUGGAGACAGAGUCACCCUGAGACAGGAUGGGGCCGCGUGUGAACUGGAGAUCCGUGGCCUGGCCUUGGCGGACGCCGGGGAGUACUCGUGCGUGUGCGGGCAGGAGAGGACCUCAGCCAUGCUGACCGUCAGGGCCCUGCCUGCCAAGUUCACCAAGGGUCUGAGGAAGGAGGAAGCGACAGAGGGGGCCACGGCCACACUGCGCUGUGAGCUGAGCAAGGCGGCCCCCGUGGAGUGGAGGAAGGGCUCUGAGACCCUCAGAGCUGGGGACAGAGUCAGCCUGAGACAGGACGGGGCCGUGUGUGAGCUGGAGAUCCGUGGCCUGGCCGUGGCAGACGCCGGGGAGUACUCGUGCGUGUGCGGGAAGGAGAGGACCUCGGCCACGCUGACCGUCAAGGCCCCACAGGUGGUGUUCAGGGAGCCGCUGCAGAGCCUGCAGGCUGAGGAGGGCGCCAUGGCCAGCCUGUGGUGCGAGCUGUCGGAGCCCAGCGCCACCGUGGUCUGGAGCAAGGGCGGCCUGGAGCUGCAGGCGGAUGGGCGCCGGGAGCCGCAGCAGCGGGGCCACAGGGCAGAGCUGGUGCUGCGGGAUGUGCGCCGGGAGGACGCGGGCGAGUACACCUGCACCUGUGGCUCCCAGGCCACCAGUGCCACCCUCACUGUCACAGCUGCGCCUGUGCGGUUCCUCCGGGAGCUGCAGGCCCAGGAGGUGGAUGAGGGCGCGACAGCGCACCUGCGCUGCGAGCUGAGCCACGCAGGUGCCAGCGUGGAGUGGCGCAAGGGCUCCCUGCAGCUCUUCCCCUGCGCCAAGUACCAGAUGGUGCAGGAGGGCAAGGUCGCUGAGCUGCGGGUGCGUGGCGCUGAGCAGGAGGACGCCGGCCGCUACACCUGCGACACGGGCCACGCGCAGAGCACAGCCAGUCUCUCGGUCCGUGCCCUCAGGCCCGCAUUCGAGACGGAGCUGCAGAGCGUGGAGCAGGAGGCAGGUGGCGUGGCCCGGCUGCGCUGCGAGCUGAGCACGGCGGAGCCUGGGGCCCCUGUGCGGUGGCUCAAGGAGGGCGAGGAGCUGCACGGGAGCCCCAAGUUCGAGAUGCGGCGCCAGGGGGCCGUGUGCGAGCUGCUGAUCCACGGGCUCGAGGCCAAGGACACGGGCGAGUAUGCCUGUGUGGUGGCUGGCCAGAAGACCUUGGCCUCCGUCAGGGUCGGAGAGCCGGAGGUGACCAUCGUGCGGGGGCUGAUCGAUGCCGAGGUGCAGGCCCACGGGGACGUGGACUUCAGCUGCGAGGUGUCUCGGGCCGGGGCUACGGACGUGCAGUGGCGCCUGCAGGGCCUGCCGCUGCAGAGCAAUGAGGUGACAGAUGUGGCUGUGCGUGGCUGCACCCACAUGCUCCGGCUGAGGGGCGUGACGCCCGAGGACGCAGGCACUAUCUCCUUCCACGUGGGCCGCCACACAUCCUCUGCCCAGCUCACCGUCCGAGCUCCUGAGGUGACCAUCGUGGAGCCCCUGCAGGACGUGCAGCUCAGUGAGGGCCAGGAUGCCCACUUCCGGUGUCGGCUGUCCAGGGCCUUGGGCCAGGAGGCUCGCUGGGCCCUGGGAGGGGUGCCCCUGCAGGCCAACGAGAUGAAUGACAUCACGGUGGAGCAAGGCACCCUCCACUUGCUCACCCUGCACAAGGUGACUCUCGAGGACGCUGGAACCAUCAGUUUCCAAGUGGGUUCGUGUAGCUCAGAGGCCCAGUUGAAGGUCACAGAGGCAGCACCAUACCUGGUACGAGGCUUGCAGAACGUGGACGUCUUUGCGGGGGAGGUGGCCACAUUCUCCUGCGAGGUGUCCCGUGCGGGUGGGCCAGAGGCCCGCUGGUGGCUGGAUGGGACCCUGCUGCAGGACGGCCCCCAGAGUGCCAUCUCCGUGCGUGACGGCACCUUCCACUCCCUCGAGCUCUCGGGUCUGGGGGUCGCCGACUCGGGCACUGUCACCUACCGUGCGGGGCCCCUGGUCUCUACGGCCAAGUUGUUGGUCAAAGAUCCCGUGGUGGAGGUGGUCAGUGCCAUGCAGGACCUGGCGGUGGAGGAGGGUGGCCCGGCCGAGCUCCUCUGCCAGUACUCACGGCCGGUGCAGGCCACGUGGAAGAUGGACGAGCAGGAGGUGCGGGCUGACGGGCACCGCGUCAUCAUAGAGCAGGACUGGACGGUGGCCAGGCUGUCCUUCCGGCCGGCCUUGCCCUGCGACAGCGGCAUCUAUUCUUGUGAGGCCGCGGGCACCCGUGUGGUGGCCCUGCUGCAAGUGGAAGCCAAGAACACGGUGGUGCGCGGCCUGGAGAACGUGGAAGCGCCCGAGGGCGGCGAGGCGCUGUUCGAGUGCCAGCUGUCCCGUCCCGAGGUGGCCGCCCACACCUGGCUGCUGGACGACGAGCCGGUGCGCACCUCCGAGGACGCCGAGGUGGUCUACUUCGAGAACGGCCUGCGGCAUCUGCUGCUGCUCAAAAACCUGCGGCCGCAGGACAGCUGUCGGGUGACCUUCCUGGCGGGGGACGUGGUGACUUCGGCGUUCCUCACCGUCAAAGGCUGGCGCCUGCAGGUCCUGGAGCCCCCGCAGGACGCGGCCGUCCCGGCUGGGGGGCAGGCCCGCUUCAGCUGCGCGCUCAGCGAGGCGGUGCCCGUGGGCGAGGCCACCUGGUACGUGAACGGCGCGGCAGUGCAGCCGGACGAUGCCGACUGGACGGUCACAGCCGACGGCAGCCAGCACGCCCUGCUGCUGCACCGCGCCCGGCCGCACCACGCAGGCGAGGUCACCUUCGCCGCCCGGGACGCCGUGGCCUCCGCGCGGCUCACCGUGCUGGGCCUCCCCGACCCCCCCGAGGACGCCGAGGUGGUGGGGCGCAGCGGCCGCUCCGUGACGCUGUCCUGGGUGGCGCCCGCGAGCGACGGCGGCGGUGGUCUCUGCGGCUAUCGGGUGGAGAUGAAGGCGGCGGCCACGGGCGAGUGGCGGCUGUGCCACGAGCUGGUGCCGGGGCCCGAGUGUGUGGUCGACGGCCUGGCGCCCGGGGAGACCUACCGCUUCCGCGUGGCAGCCGUGGGCCCCGCGGGCGCCGGGGAGCCGGUGCACCUGCCCCAGAUGGUGAGGCUCGAGCCUCUGGAGCCCGCGCCUGCGCCCACCGUUCCGGAGAGCCUGCAGGUGGCAGCCGGCGAGGAAGUGCGUCUGGAGUGCGAGGUCUCUGAGGCAGGGGAGGUCCUCUGGCUGAAAGGGAUGGAGCCCAUCCAGCCCAAUGGACGCUUCCAGGUUCUCACCCAAGGUCAGCGGCAGACGCUAGUGAUCCGUGGCUUCUCCGCGGAGGACCAGGGCGAGUACCGCUGUGGCACUAUCCAAGGACCAGCCUCCACCGAGGCUGCUGCCUUCCAGGUGGUGCUGACCCCGGGAUCAGGGGAUGAGGCCCCUAUGCAGCCCAGCCUGCCCCCUGAGGCAGCCCAGGAGGGUGACCUGCACCUGCUGUGGGAGGCCCUGGCCCGGAAGCGCCGUAUGAGCCGUGAGCCCACGCUGGACUCCAUCAGCGAGCUGCCGGAGGAGGAUGGACGCCUGCAGCGCCAGCGGCAGGAGGCAGAGGAGGUGGCCCCGGACCUCUCCGAGGACUACUCCACGGCUGACGAGCUGACACGCACUGGCGAGGCUGAUCUCUCGCACACCAGCUCUGAUGACGAGUCCCGGGCGGGCACUCCUUCCCUGGUUACCUACCUCAAGAAGGCCGGGAGGGCUGGCCCCUCACCACUGGCCAGCAAGGUUGGGGUCCCAGAAGCCCCGUCUGAGAAGCCGCAGAAGCAGCAGGAGCAGCCGGCCACAGUGUGCCCACCGCCAGGAGACCUGAGGGUGGAGGACCUGGGUGCCCCAUCCAUGGACCAGGCAGCUGUGAAGAUCCAGGCUGCCUUCAAGGGCUACAAGGUCCGGAAGGAGCUGAAGCAGCAGGAGGGGCCUGUGUUUUGCCGCACAUUUGGGGAUGUUGAGGCACAGGUGGGGGAUGUCCUGCGUCUGGAGUGUGUGGUGUCCAGCAAGGCGGACGUGCAUGCCCGCUGGCUCAAGGAUGGUGUGGAGCUGACUGACGGCCGGCACUACCACAUCGACCAGCUUGGGGACGGCACCUGCUCUCUGCUGGUCGCUGGCCUGGGCCAUGCGGACGCCGGCCACUACACCUGUCAGGUGAGCAGCAAGUUUGGCCACGUGUCCCACAGCGCCCGCGUGGUGGUCAGCGGGACGGAGAGUGAGGCCGAGAGUUCCUCCGGGGGCGAGCUGGACGAUGCCUUCCGCCGGGCCGCCCGGCGGCUGCACCGCCUCUUCUGCACCAAGGGCUCGGCCGAGGUUUCAGAUGAAGAGAUCUUCCUCAGUGCGGACGAGGGCACCGCAGAGCCUGAGGAGCCUGGGGACUGGCAGACCUACCAUGAAGACGAGCACUGCAUCUGCAUCCGCUUCGAGGAGGUUGCUGAGGCCCAGCAGGCGGCCACCCGCUUCCAGGAGAUGUUUGGCACGAUGGGCAUUGGAGUGGACAUCAGCCUCUUGGAACAGAGGCCUCGGGGGGUGGAGAUGCGCAUUGGCAGGGUGGCCCCAGCCCCUGCAGCACCUCCGGAGACAGUGCCCAGCUUGCUGACCCCAGAGGCUGCCCCCGUGUUCCUGACCGAGCUGCAGAAUCAGGAGGUGCUUGACGGGUACCCUGUGAGCUUCGACUGUGUGGUGACGGGCCAGCCGGUGCCCAGUGUGCGCUGGUUCAAGGAUGGGAGGGUGCUGGAGGAGGAUGACCACUACAUGAUCAGUGAAGACCAGCAGGGUGGCCACCAGCUCAUCAUCACAGCUGUGGUGCCGGCAGACAUGGGCGUCUACCGUUGCCUGGCCGAGAACAGUGCAGGCGUGUCCUCCACCAAGGCAGAGCUCCGCGUGGACCUGACCAGCACAGACUACGAGACGGCCGCUGAUGCUACCGAGACGUCAUCCUACUUCAGCGCCCAAGGCUACCUGUCCAGCCGUGAGCAGGAGGGCACGGAGUCCUCAGAGGAGGGGCAGCUGCCCCAGGUGGUGGAGGAGCUGAAAGACCUCCAAGUGGCCCCUGGCACUCGCCUGGCCAAGUUCCAACUCAAAGUCAAAGGCUACCCAGCCCCCCGCCUGUACUGGUUCAAAGAUGGGCAGCCCCUGACGGCGUCUGCGCACAUCCGCAUGGCUGACAGGAAGACCCUGCACACCCUGGAAAUCCUCUCGGUCACCAGCGAGGAUGCCGGCCAGUACUCGGCCUAUAUCAGCAACACUGUGGGCGCUGCCUACUCGUCUGCUCGGCUGCUGGUCCGAGGCCCCAACGAACCAGAAGAGAAGCCGGCGUCUGAUGUGCAGCAACAGCUGGUGCCGCCCCGCUUCCUGGAGAAGUUCACCCCCAAGAAGGUGAAAAAGGGUGCCAGCAUCACCUUCUCCGUGAAGGUCGAAGGUCGCCCCACCCCGGCGGUGCACUGGCUGCGGGAGGAGGCCGGUGAGGGCGUGCUGUGGAUUGGCCGUGACACGCCAGGCUACACGGUGGCCAGCUCCGGGCAGCAGCACAGCCUGGUCCUGCUGGAUGUGGGCCGACAGCACCAGGGCUCCUACACCUGCAUCGCUAGCAAUGCUGCAGGCCAGGCCCUCUGCUCUGCCAGUCUGCAUGUCUCCGGCCUGUCCAAGGAGGCAGGGGCGGUGGAGGAGCAGGCUGGGGUGAAGGAGGCCCUCAUGUCCACCUUCCUGCAGGGGACCCAAGCCGUCUUCGCACAGAUGUCAGAAUCUGCAGGUUUCACCGACCUUGCCGGGCAGAGGAAAGGAGAGCCCCCGGUGAUGGAGGCCCGCAGCCACCUGUCCCUGGCUGAGGUGGGCACGGAGGAGUUCCUGCAGAAGCUGACCUCGCAGAUCACAGAGAUGGUGUCGGCCAAGAUCACGCAAGCCAAGCUGCAGGUGCCUGGAGGUGACAGCGAUGAGGAGUCCAAGACGCCAUCUGCGUCCCCCCGGCAUGGCCGUUCGCGCCCCUCCUCCAGUGUCCAGGAGUCAUCCUCAGAGUCAGAGGACGGGGACUCCCGGGGCGAGAUCUUUGACAUCUACGUGGUCACGGCUGACUACGUGCCCCUGGGGGCCGAGCAGGACGCCAUCUCACUGCGGGAGGGCCAGUACGUGGAGGUGCUGGACUCGGCCCACCCGCUGCGCUGGCUCGUGCGCACCAAGCCCACCAAGUCCAGCCCCUCGCGGCAAGGAUGGGUAUCCCCUGCCUACCUGGACAAGCGGCUCAAGCUGUCACCCGAGUGGGGGCCUGCCGAGGCCCCCGAGUUCCCCGGGGAGGCUGUAUCUGAGGACGAGUACAAGACAAGGCUGAGCUCUGUCAUCCAGGAGCUGCUGAGCUCAGAGCAGGCCUUCGUCGGCAAGCUGCAGUUCCUGCAGAGCCACCACAUACGGCACCUGGACCGCUGCCCCCAUGCGCCCCCCGCCGUGGCCAGCCAGAAGGCUGUCAUCUUCCGCAACGUGCAGGACAUCAGCCACUUCCACAGCAGCUUCCUGCGGGAGCUGAAGAGCUGUGACACAGACGAUGACGUGGCCAUGUGCUUCAUCAAGAACCAGGCGGCCUUUGAGAAGUAUCUGGAGUUCCUGGUGGGCCGAGUGCAGGCCGAGGCGGUGGUGGUCAGCACGGCCGUGCAGGACUUCUACAAGAAAUACACCGAAGAGGUGCUGUCGGCCGCAGACCCCUCGCAGCCGCCCCCGCCGCCCCUGCAGCACUUCCUGGAGCAGCCGGUGCAGCGUGUCCAGCAGUACCAGGCCCUGCUCAAGGAGCUGAUCCGCAACAAGGCGCGGAAUGGGCAGAACUGUGCACUGCUGGAGCAGGCCUAUGCCGUGGUGUCUGCCCUGCCCCAGCGUGCUGAGAACCAGCUGCAUGUGUCGCUCAUGGAGAACUACCCCGGCACCCUGGAGGCCCUGGGCGAGCCCAUCCGCCAGGGCCACUUCAUUGUGUGGGAGGGGGCGCCGGGCGCACGGAUGCCCUGGAAGGGCCACCACCGGCACGUCUUCUUGUUCCGCCACCACCUGGUCGUCUGCAAGCCCAGGCGGGACUCGCGCACUGAUACCUUCAGCUACGUCUUCCGGAACAUGAUGAAGCUGAGCAGCAUCGACCUGAACGACCAGGUGGAGGGGGACGACCGCGCCUUCGAGAUCUGGCACGAGCGGGAAGACUCGGUGCGCAAGUACCUGCUGCAGGCACGGACGGUCAUCACCAAGAACUCCUGGGUGAAGGAGAUCUGCGGCAUCCAGCAGCGUCUGGCCCUGCCCGUCUGGCGUCCCCCGGAUUUCGAAGAGGAGCUGGCUGACUGCACAGCCGAGCUGGGCGAGACAGUCAAGCUGGCCUGCCGUGUGACGGGCACACCCAAGCCCGUCGUCAGCUGGUAUAAAGACGGGAAGCCGGUAGAGGUGGACCCCCACCACAUACUCAUCGAAGAUCCUGACGGCUCGUGCUCCCUCAUCCUGGACAACCUUACUGGCGUUGACUCUGGCCAGUACAUGUGCUUUGCAGCCAGUGCCGCUGGCAAUGCCAGCACCCUCGGCAAGAUCCUGGUGCAAGUACCCCCGCGGUUUGUGAAGAAGGUCCGGGCAGUGCCCUUUGUGGAGGGAGAGGAUGCACAGGUCACCUGCACCAUUGAAGGCACCCCACACCCUCAGAUCAGGUGGUACAAGGAUGGAGCCCUCCUGACCCCCGGGGGCAAGUACCGGCCCCUGAGCGAUGCCCGCAGUGGCCUGCUGGUGCUGGAGAUCCGGGCGGCCAGCAAGGAGGACCUGGGCCACUAUGAGUGCGAGUUGGUGAACCGGCUGGGCUCCACACGGGGUGGGGCAGAGCUGUCCAUGCAGAGCCCGGCACUGCGGGCCCGGGAACAGCGCCGCAGGGAGCAGCUGGCUGCUGUGGAAGAUGCUGCUGUCCCACCCCCAGCUGCCCUGGAACAGGCAGACCAGGAGAUCACAUCUGUCCAGGGACUACUGGUGUGCCCCGAGGCUGUGGGACCCUCUGCAGGGGACCAUGCUGGUCCAGGCCCUGGCCCUGGGGGGCCACCGGAGCUCCAGGAGGCUGGCCCCCCACCCCCAGGCAUGGAGGCUGCAGACACAUCUGCCGAGCCCCCUCUGAAGGUGCCGGAGCCCCUCCCUGACGCGGGCCUGGAGCAGGACUCAGGGGCCCAUGGUGCAGCCCAGGAACGCAUUGUGCCCAUCCGGAUGGAGGGCACAGUCUGGCCUGGGGCAGGCGCCGCAGAGCUCUGGGAUGUCCACAGUCACGUGUUCACGGAGACCACGCACCGGACAUACGUGUAUCAGACCAGCGACGCCGGUGCCACAAGGCCCCCGUCCAUGCAGGUAACCAUCGAGGACGUGCAGGCACAGAGAGGCGGCACCGCGCAGUUUCAGGCGGUCAUCGAGGGCAGCCCACAGCCCACGGUGACCUGGUACAAGGACAGCACCCAGCUGGCAGACGACACCCGGCUCAGCCAGCAGCAGGAAGGGACUACAUAUUCCCUGGUGCUGAGGGACGUGGCCCAGCAGGACGCCGGUGUCUACACCUGCCUGGCCCGAAAUGCUGGCGGCCAGGUUCUGUGCAAGGCGGAGUUGCUGGUCCAUGGGGGGGCUGAGCCGGACUCAGAGAAGCGAAGCUCCCGGAGGAGACUGCACUCCUUCUACGAGGUCAAGGAGGAGAUCGGAAGGGGCGUGUUUGGCUUCGUGAAGAGGGUGCAGCACAAGGGCAACCAGAUGUCAUUCGCUGCCAAGUUCAUCCCCCUGCGGAGCAGGACGCGAGCCCAGGCGUACCGCGAGCGGGACGUCCUGGCCAUGCUGAGCCACCCUCUGGUCACGGCGCUGCUGGACCAGUUUGAGACGCGCAAGACCCUGAUCCUUGUCCUGGAGCUGUGCUCGGCUGAGGAGCUGCUGGACCGCCUGUUCAAGAAGAGUGUGGUGACGGAGGCCGAGGUCAAGGUCUACAUCCAGCAGCUGGUGGAAGGGCUGCAGUACCUGCACAGCCAGGGCAUCCUCCACCUAGACAUAAAGCCCCCCAACAUCCUGAUGGUGCAUCCUGCCCGGGAAGACAUUAAAAUCUGCGACUUUGGCUUUGCCCAAAAAAUCACCCCAGCAGAGCCGCAGUACAGCAAGUAUGGCUGCCCUGAGUUCGUGUCGCCCGAGAUCAUCCAGCAAACCCCCGUGAGCAAGGCCUCUGACAUCUGGGCCAUGGGGGUCAUCUCCUACCUCAGCCUCACUUGCUCAUCUCCAUUUGCUGGCGAGAGUGACCGAGCCACCCUCCUGAAUGUGCUGGAGGGGCGGGUGUCCUGGAGCAGCCCAGUGGCUGCCCACCUCAGCCAGGAUGCCCAGGACUUUAUCAAGGCUGCCCUGCAGAGGGCCCCAGAGGCUCGCCCCAGUGCCACCAAGUGCCUGGCCCACCCCUGGUUCCUGAAGUCCGUGCCGGCCGAGGAGGCCCACUUCAUCAACACCAAGCAGCUGAAGUUCCUCCUGGCCCGCAGCCGGUGGCAGCGCUCCCUGAUGAGCUACAAGUCCAUCCUGGUGAUGCGCUCCAUCCCCGAGCUGCUGCAGGGCCCGCCGGACAGCCCGUCCCUCGGGGUGGCCCGGCACCUGCGCGGCGACGCCAGCGCCUCCUCCAGCAGCUCUUCCUCCUCCUCGGACAACGAGUUGGCGCCCUUCGCCCGGGCCAAGUCGCUGCCGCCCUCCCCGGUGACCCACUCCCCGCUGCUGCACCCCCGGGGCUUCCUGCGGCCGUCGGCCAGCCUACCCGAGGAGGCCGAAACCAGCCCGCCCGCCGCGGCCGCGCCCCCCGCCCCCACGCCCCGGGGCGCCGAGCCGCCCGCCGCCUCGGGCUGCGUGCCCCGGCAGAGCGUCAUCCGCAGCCUGUUCUACCAGCAGGCGGGCGAGGGCGCGGAGCGCGGGGCCCUGGCCGCGGGCGGCAGGCGGCACCCGGCCCGGCGGCGGCACCUGCUCAAGGGCGGCUACUUCGCCAGCGCCCUGCCCGGUCUGCGCGAGCCGCUGCUGGAGCACCGCGCGCUGGAGGAGGCGGCGGCCCGGGAGGAGCAGGCCGUGCUGAUGGCCAAAGUGCCCUCCUUCGAGACCGCCCUGCGGCUGCCGGGCACCAGCGCCAGAGGGGCGCCUGGCCGCAGCCGCUCCCUGGACCUCGACUUGCCGCAAGGCGUUAGUUCCUCUGCUGAGGCCUGCCUGAAGGGGCAGUGUCCCACCCCCGCGGCCUCGGUCCUCCCUGUGUCCCCAGGGGAGAGUUCACCCCAAGGGGUCACAGGAUCCAGGGAGACAGAGCAUCCAGAGGGGUCCCCACAGGGACUGAGACUGUUUCCGUCUACCAGUGGUGAAGUGGCUGGUGUUCAGCAAGAGGGGUUGUCCCAGGACAGCUGUGGGGGGCAGCAGGAGCCUUUCUUUCACCCCCAGUGCAGUCCUGCCCCCCAGGAGGGCUGCAAGCCCCCUCCAGCUGUUGUACCGCAAACUCCUGGCUCCUUCCCUCCAGGGCCGGGCCCAGACGCCCUCUCCGCACCCCGAAGCCCCUGCCUCUCGAGGGAACCCCAGGGCCCCCCAUCCCCAGCCCAAGCAAGCCCCCAGCCAGGCUCUAAAAGGGGGCUGGAGGACACCCCUCUCACUGGGAGACCCAGCUCCCCUGGCUCUGUAGGGCCAGCCUCCCCAGUGAGCUCCGAGCCUGGCCUCACCCUGGAUGCUGAGGACCAGGAGGCAGAGGGCCUCUCUGACUCUGAGCCCAGCCCACCGCGGCCUCAGGAGCAGGCGACCACCCGAAAGUUCUCCCUGGGGCAGCAUGGGGGCUAUGCGGGUGUGGCAGGCUAUGGCACCUUUGCCUUUGGUGGGGACGCAGGGGGCAUGCUGGGGCAGGGCCCCCUAUGGGCCAGGAUGGCCUGGGCCACCUCUCAGUCCUCGGAGGAGCAGGAUGAGGCGGGGGCCAGCGCAGCACCCCCACCUGAGGGUAGCGAGGCUCCCCCGAGGGCCUCCCCGGAGCUCACCUCCUGGGACGACUUGGGUGGGGGCUCCCAAGUGUCACUUGUGCAGAUCCGGGACCUGUCAGGGGACUCGGAAGCCGCUGACACUGUGUCCCUGGACAUCUCGGAGGUGGAGCCCGCCUACCUCAACCUGUCCGACCUGUAUGACAUCAAGUAUCUUCCAUUCGAGUUCAUGAUCUUCAGGAAGGUCCCCAAGCCAGAGCGGCCGCCCUCCCCUGAGUCUGAGGCUGGGGAGGAGCUGGCGGAGUUCCCGGAGGCCGCGUGGCCCUGGCCUGGCACGCUGGGCCCGUCAGCCAGCCUGGAGAUUACUGAGGAGCCAGAGACCAUGGAGGCCCUGCUGGGGGAGGCUGCUGGCAGCCGGAAGCGCAAGUGGUCACCUCCCUCCAGGGGCUUCUUCCACUUCCCCGGGAAGCAUGUGCGGCUGGAAGAGCCCGUGGAGCUGGGUCUGCGCCGGAGGGUGAGGGCCUCGGUGGCCCACAUCUCCCGCCUCCUGAGGGGCAGGCCUGAAGGUCCCGAGAAGGAGAGUCCUCCCCGGAAGAAGGCAGGCCUGGCUUCUUUCCGGCUGUCAGGCCUGAAGAGCAGGGACCGAGCACCAUCAUUCCUAAGGGAGCUUGUGGACGAAACGGUGGUCCUGGGCCAGUCUGUGACUCUUGCCUGCCAGGUGUCGGCCCAGCCAGCUGCACAGGCCACCUGGAGUAAAGAUGGGGCCGUCCUGGAGGGCAGCAGCCGCCUCCUCAUCUCCUCCACACUCAAGAACUUCCAGCUGCUGACUAUCCUGGUGGUGACGGCCGAGGACCUGGGUCUGUAUACCUGCAGCGUGAGCAACCCGCUGGGCACAGCGGCCACCUCAGCCACGCUCCGGAAGGCAGAGCUCCCCUCGUCCUCCCCACGGCCGGACAUCGGGGAGGUGUACGCGGACAGGGUGCUGUUGGUCUGGAAGCCUGUGGAGUCGUACGGCCCCGUGACCUACAUUGUGCAGUGCAGCCUGGAAGGUGGCAGCUGGAGCACGCUGGCCUCAGAUGUCUUCGACUGCUGCUACCUCACCAGCAAGCUUUCUCGGGGCGGCCUGUACGCCUUCCGGACGGCCUGUGUCAGCAAGGCGGGCAUGGGCCCCUACAGCAGCCCCUCGGACCAGGUCCUCCUUGGGGGGCCCAGCCACCUGGCCUCUGAGGAGGAGAGCGGCCCUGCCACGCCAGCCCAGCCCCUCCCCAGCACACAGACCUUCGCCUUCCAGACACAGAUCCGAAGGGGCCGCUUCAGCGUGGUGCGCCAGUGUCGGGAGAAGGCCAGCGGCCGCGCGCUGGCCGCCAAGAUCGUGCCCUACCGCCCCGAGGACAGAACGGCCGUGCUGCGCGAAUACGAGGCCCUCAAGAGCCUGCGCCACCCGCAUCUGGCCCAGCUUCAGGCCGCCUACCUCAGCCCCCGGCACCUGGUCCUCAUCUUGGAGCUGUGCUCCGGGCCGGAGCUGCUCCCCUGCCUGGCCGAGAGGACCUCCUACUCGGAAUCGGAGGUGAAGGACUACCUGUGGCAGAUGCUGAGUGCCGCCCAGUACCUGCACGGCCAGCGCAUCUUGCAUCUGGACCUCAGGUCCGAGAACAUGAUCGUCACCGAGUACAACCUGCUCAAAGUGGUCGAUUUCGGCAACGCCCAGAGCCUCGCCGAGGAGAGGGUCCUGCCCUCGGAGGGGUUCAAGGACUACAUGGAGACCAUGGCUCCGGAGCUCCUGGAGGGCCAGGGGGCGGUCCCGCAGACGGACGUCUGGGCCAUAGGCGUGACGGCCUUCAUCAUGCUGAGCGCCGAGUACCCGGUGAGCAGCGAGGGGAUGCGCGACCUGCAAAAGGGCCUGCGCAAGGGGCUCAUCCGGCUGGGCCGCUGCUACGCGGGCCUGUCCGGGGGCGCAGUGGCCUUCCUCCGGAGCACUCUGUGCGCCCACCCCUGGGGCCGGCCGUGUGCGUCCAGCUGCCUGCGGUGCCCGUGGCUGACCGAGGAGGGCCCGGCCGGCUCCCAGCCCGCGGCCGUGACCUUCCCCACCACGCGUCUGCGCGCCUUCGUGCGCGAGCGCGAGAAGAGGCGGGCGCUGCUGUACAAGAAGCACCACCUGGCCCAGGCGCGCUGAGGCCUGGCCCUGCCGGCUGGGGUGUGGUCGGGCCGCCCUGCUGGGCCACCCCUCAGCCUCCCCUCUAGGACUCGCUCCCUGUGCCCAGACACACCAAUAAAGAGCAGAACUGGAUGAGUCA